AUGGAUAUUUUUAAUUUAAUCAAUCUUACAAACAGGACAAAUGAAGAACAUCAUUCAUCUCGACAGUUACGAAGAGAGAGGGUAAUGCGAGGUCGGAAUAAUCCUAUAGAAAUUUAUUCCGAAGACGAAUUGUCUAAGGAUAACUUUCCAGGAAUAAUUGGAGCAAUUGAUUGCACUCAUAUUCCUAUCCAGUGUCCUGACAGCAGUAAAGCUCAACUUUUUUAUAAUAGAAAAUCCUAUUAUUCUAUUAACUGCCAGGUAAUCUGUGAUGGAAAGAUGAAAAUUAGAAACAUUGUUGCUCGGUGGCCCGGUUCAACACAUGAUAGCAGAAUUUUUUGUAAUAGUAGCAUUAAAGAAAAACUACAAGGAUAUUGUAAUGGAUAUCUGGUUGGUGGCAGUGGCUAUCCUUGUUUGCCAUAUUUAAUGACCCCAUUUCUGCAUCCACAAAAUCAUGCCGAAAGACGGUAUAACAAAGGUCAUUCACGAGCAAGAAAUAUCGUCGAGAGAUUAUUUGGGGUCUGGAAAAGACGAUUUCCACGCAUUGGAAGUUGUCUAAGAACUAAAUUAGACAACACACUAAACAUGAUAAUAGCCACUGCAAUUCUACACAAUUGGGCCAUUGAAUUUAAAGAGUAG